AUGUCCUCAACCCCCUUACCAGCAAUCAAGGGUCCCCCUGCGGGAGUCCCCAAACGAAAACCAGUCGCUAACCUCGAAAAGACGAUAGAACCCCAGACUGCAACAGCAACAGCAGCGACAAGAAGUGGAGGAGGAGGAGGAGGAGGAGGAAGGCAAUGGUGGAAUAUUCAAGAGAACUGGGCCUUAUUCUCCACGAAGAAAAAGCGCAUUCUUGUUGGUGUCCUCGUUGCGACGACAGUUUGUCUGCUUGCCCUUAUUAUUGGUCUCGCGGUGGGGUUGACAAAACGUCAUGGAAAGGGCUCUUCGAAUCUCCCCCUUCCCACUUCCAAUGGUGGCCCGUACCAAGGCGACUUAACAUAUUAUGACCCCGGUCUAGGGUCAUGCGGAAUCACAAGUACAGACUCCGACAUGAUCUGCGCCGUGUCGCAUGUACUCUUUGAUGCGGCAUCGACUUCCUCGAAUCCGAACAAUAAUCCGCUCUGUGGGCUGAAAUUGAGAAUUAAGCGUGGGGAUAAGUCGGUGGAUGUGAAGAUUGUGGAUCGUUGUCCUGGUUGCAAAGUGGAUGACUUGGAUGUUUCUCCUGCGGUGUUCCAGGAACUGGCGGAGUUGGCAGAAGGUCGAGUUGUUGUGGAUUGGUCGUGGUUGGAGAAGUCGUCUGUCUCAAUGGAUUGA